AGUCACUAUUUUUUUCUCACGUGAACAUACUAUUUCUUUCCUUCUUUCAAGUAAAAAUGUUUAAAUCUUGGUUGCAGCGUCCAGAAACAAAAAAAUAUGCAGCAGAUGUUGCUGUAUUUGCAUUAUCCCAAGUUGCAGUUUAUUUUGCUUUCAAGUUCAUCAUCGGUUCUUUAGAUCCUACAAAGUCAAAAAAACAAGAAGCAAAAGCGAAGAGUAAUCGAGUACUUGGAAAACUUGGAGUUAAAGAUUUGAAAUUAACAGAAUAUGAACAAAUUAUUGCUGCUGAAGUUAUUCAUUCAGAUGAAAUUAGUGUCAAUUUCAAACAAAUUGGAGGGCUUGAUCACAUCAUUCAAGAUCUUCGUGAAAGUGUCAUUUAUCCUCUAUGCUACCCAGGACUCUUCACUUCUGCUUCUGGUCUUUUAGGAGCCCCUCGAGGUGUCCUCCUUUAUGGUCCACCCGGCUGCGGUAAAACAAUGUUAGCUAAAGCCCUUGCAAAAGAAAGUGGUGCUACAUUUAUCAACAUUCAUGUAUCGACCUUAACUGAUAAAUAUUACGGCGAAUCUAAUAAGUUAGUAGCAGCUGUCUUCACGUUAGCUAAAAAACUUCAGCCUGCUAUUGUCUUUAUUGAUGAAAUUGACUCAUUUUUACGAGAGAGACGUAGUACAGAUCAUGAAACGACAGGUAUGAUGAAGGCAGAAUUCAUGUCACUUUGGGAUGGCUUGACAACAGCUGAAAAUAGUCGUAUUGUUAUUUUGGGAGCAACGAAUCGACCUAAUGAUAUUGACUCUGCUAUUCUGAGAAGAAUGCCCAAGAGGUUUUCAGUAAGAUUACCAAGCGAGUCACAAAGAAGAAGUAUUCUAGAGCUUCUUUUAAAGGAUAUAGAUUUAGCACCUGAUUUUAAUAUGACAGAAUUAGUACAGAGAACGGCAGGCUUAUCAGGAAGUGAUUUAAAGGAACUUUGUAGAAAUGCAGCCAUGAUUCCCAUACGUGAAUAUGUUAGAUCUAUUCAACCAGUUACAAAGAAUCAAGACGCAUCACAGGACUUGGUUCAUCUCGAUAUGAAUACGAAAAUUCAUACAAGACCAUUAUGUAUACAAGAUUUUUAUGCUUUUGAUGCUACUAAUGAAAAGACAUAUAGUCAAAAUUUUGAAACACCAGAACAAGAAAAUCUUGAUUAAGUUUAUAUUAUCCUUAGAUGAUGUAUAUAAUAAUAAUAAUAAAUUUAUAAUAUCUGCUGCAGAAUUAUUAAAAAAAAACAGGGGCAAAAACAUAAUAAUGUAGAUUGAAU